AUGAAGCAGCAUAGGUGCAUCAAUAAGAGUCAGUUGAGGAGUGGAACUACAAGUUGUGGGUUGGGCAAUUUUGAUAGGCCUGUUUUGAGCUUGGAUGGAAGAAUUGUAUACAUUAUAUUUGCAUGUGGUUUGGUUGUGUUUGAUUAUGAGAAAUCUGCUUUACUAGCUUAUUUAUGGGUUUUCUCAUUUCGUUCCCUCCAGCCAUCUCUCCCCCUUCCCCCUUUCUCUCCGCAGUCCCUCUUCUCCCUCAACCCUCCGCCGCGCACAGCCCAUCGCCAACGGCCCCAGCAGGCCACUGCGACCUCACCUCGACGGCCACCCCCUCCUUCUCACCCCCAUCACCAACCCACUUACUCUCUGGUUCCCACUUCCGCCAAAGCGUACGACGCCAAGCCCCUGAUCACUCGCAUCUCGGCUGUCCAUGCUGUCGAGCCCUCGACCAAGCAGUCUACGCUGCCCGUCGCGGCAUCGAAUUUGAAAUGGACGGUGGAGACCUGGAAGUCCAAGACUGCGCUGCAGCUCCAGGAGUACCCGGACCAGAAGGAGCUGGACUUGGUGCUCCAGACCAUCGAGGCCUUCCCUCCCAUCGUUUUCGCUGGCGAGGCGAGGCACCUGGAGGAGAAGCUCGCCGAGGCAGCCGUGGGCAAUGCCUUUCUCUUGCAAGGAAGGGACUACGCCGAGAGUUUCAAGGAGUUCAGUGCGAAUAACAUAAGGGACACCUUCAGGGUGCUUCUUCAGAUGGGUGCGGUUCUUAUGUUUGGUGGUCAAAUGCCUAUCAUUAGGGUUGGGAGAAUGGCGGGUCAGUUUGCGAAACCCAGAUCGGCUCCAUUUGAGGAGAGGGAUGGUGUGAAACUGCCGAGUUACAAAGGAGACAACAUAAAUGGAGAUGCUUUUAACGAGAAAUCAAGGAUUCCGAACCCCCAGAGAUUGAUAAGGGCUUAUUGCCAAUCCGCGGCGACUCUUAACCUUCUUAGGGCCUUCGCCACUGGAGGAUAUGCUGCAAUGCAGAGGAUUAGCGAAUGGAAUCUUGAUUUUGCUGAGCACAGUGAGCAGGGAGAUAGGUAUGCUUUCUUAAACCUAUCUUGGUUUCAUUUCUCCACACUAAACGUGAGCUUGUCAAGUUUUAGCUUUUGGUACUUUACAAUAUUCAACGAGCCUGGAUCAUUGCGUGAAAAUUUGAAGCAUAGCCUAGAACGUGUGUACCCAAAAAACAGGAGAAAAGAUAUCAUUGUGCUUGUUCAUAGUCUGGUGUUUUGUGAGUACCAUGCCUAUUAG